AUGAAGUACUCCAACACCAAGCUGGUACUCUUCUGUUUGUAAAGCUUUCCCACUCUAGCCCCAUCCACUCUCUAGACCACUGGGGUGAUGUUCGCCCUGAACCAGCUGGGAUCGGUCGUCUUUUUGUAUAAUCUGAAAGACGCAAGUAGACAUCUGCCUAACCCUGCGGUAUUCUGACCUUUUUUCACCGUAGGUCUUUCAAACAGUGUGCCGGUCUCCAAUGCGAUCUCAUUGAUCGCCUCCGCACUGACUUCUGCGUAUUUCUUUGGAGAGAAGAUUGGCACUUUGGGUAUCUUGCCUAUUGUCCCAGUUUUCAUCAUCCUCCUAGGUGUCGUGGGGAUACUACUGGCCACACUGGGCCUAUUUCUAUGUAAUAUAUAG